AUGGCGUGCUCCAUGCUGUCGCUCAACUUCCCCGAGUGCGCCAAGCUCCUCGGGCCGGUGGUGCCCGGCGCGACGGUUACUCACGGCGCUCACGUGCCGGGGACCGACCACGACGUGGACCCGGUGACCGCCGCGCACAACUUCAGCACGUGUGUGCGAUGGUUGGACUACAACGACACGUGGCUCGCGUCCGAGUGGGUCCAUCCCAGCGACGUCGUCGGGGCCAUCGUGCCUCUAGCCGAGUACCUCACGCGGGUGAGACUCGCCAGGGCGUUGCCCCCGCUCACCAUGAAGGACGUCAUCGUCGCGGUGAUCAAGGCGUACGAGGUGUGCGGGGUGCUGGCGCUGGAGAAUUCCUUGAACCAGAUCGGCGUGGACCACUCGCUGAUGACCAGGGUGGCGGUCGCGUCCACGUGCACCCGCAUGCUCGGCGGCGGCAGGCGCGAGGUGUGCGACGCGUCCUCCCAAGCCUUUGCCGACGGUGCCGGUUUGCGGUGCUUCAGGCACUAUCCCAACAACGGCACGAGGAAAGGGUGGGCCGCCGGGGACGCGUGCGCGCGCGGGGUGUGGAUCGCGCUGACCACGAUGCGCGGGGAGAUGGGCAUGGCACUGGUGCUCUCCGCGCCGGUGUGGGGAUUCAACGACGUCUUCCACCGCAGGCAGGAGCUCAGCGUCCGCAGGGAUUUCGGCGAGUACGUGAUGGAGAACACCCUGUUCAAGGUUGCGUUCCCGUGCGAGUCCCACUGCGUCACCGCCGUGGAGGCUGCGUUCAGGCUGCACGCGCAGGUGGUGCACAGGGUGGACGAGGUUCACAACGUCACGAUACACACCACCCGGAGCGCGGUGCGGUGCGUGGAUAAGACCGGGCCGCUUCGGUGCCCGGCGGACCGCGAUCACUGCGUCCAGUACUGCGUCGCCGUGGCUCUCCUGUACGGCACCCUGACCGCCGAGCACUACGAGGACGCCGUGGCGCAGGACCCUCGGAUCGACGAGCUGAGGCGACGCAUGACCGUGGUGGAGAACCCGCAGUACAGCGCGGAUUACCUCGACCCCGACCGGCGCAGCGUGACCAACGCCGUGCAGGUGCACUUCAACGACCGGACGUCGACGAGCAAGGUGGAGGUGGAGUACCCGCUGGGGCACAGGCGUCGGAGGCAGGAGUGCUUCCCGGCGCUGGAGAAGAAGUUUAUGAGCGCGUUGGCGUCGAGGAUGACGCCGAACAGGGCGGGACGGGUCUUUGAGCAGUGCGUCGACCCCAGGCGGUUCGACGCGACGCCCGUGACGGAUUUCGUCGAGUGGUUCUCACCCGCGCCCGCGCCGUGGCUGCUGCCGCCGAGCGGGGCGAGGUUCGUUGGGGAUGCGCACGCGCGUAUCGUGGGAGAAAUAGCCGCGCGGGACCCGCACGCGCUGCCGGAGGGAGGGGGUCCGUCCGACGACGAGGAUGACGCGGGUCUUGGGGGAGGCGACGGGGGGGUCGUCGACUGA